GAUUGGUUGCGGGGCACCCUCGGGGCGCCGCCAUGCGGGACGAAGAGGAGACACCGCCGCCUCCGCUGCUGAGCCGCGCCGAGGCCUUGGCCCUACCGAGCGGCCGCGGGGACCGGAACCGCCCCGGGAAACGGAGCAAGGCCGCGGGGCCGCGCUGGCGUCACGCCUGCCACAUCCUCCUGUACGCCCCGCUGCCGGCCGCCGGUCCGGAGCCUCGUUUCGCCAUUCUGAUGCAGCUCCGUUUCGACGGACUGUUCGGUUUCCCGGGGGGGUUGGUGGAUCCCGGCAAGGAAUCGCUGGAAGAAGGAUUGCUGCGGGAGCUGCGGGAGGAGCUGGGCACGGCGGCGGGGGAGAUACGGCUGCGGCCGCGGCACCACCGCGGAGCCAGGGCCUGGCCCGGAAGCGGAAGGAGGGAGAAGAGCGGAAGCGGAAGUGACGUAGGGCUGGUGACGCAUUUCUACAUCCGGCGGCUGCGGCUGGAGGAGUUGGUGGAGAUCGAAAGAGGGGAAAAAGCGGCGCCGGAGCACGGCCUGGAG